ACAAAAACUUAACCGACCCGGAAACAACCGUCAAGUAUGGAUUCCAGCUCUAUAAUAUGGAGCGGCAAAGUUUCCGCAUUGCAGCACCAAAAAGACCUACCAAAAGUUGUCCAGGUUGAAGAUGGACAUUACGACGAGAACGAAGAUUUGACGCUAUCGAAUGGAGACGUCUUGACUCUUCACUUGCGUAAAAACUUACGUACGUAUACAGCUGUAAGUAGACGCCGUCAAGAGAUUCGCAUUCCUACAAGGCUUGCAGCCGAAGUCAAGACGGUAAAUCGCCAACCCAUAAAGACGUACAACACUAUUAAGGAUUUGGUCGAUGAUGGUGUUGAGAAAGUCGAAUGGUUGCAUGAUACACCAUGGCUUAACAUCAAGCAAGGCGACAUUAUGUUUAUACAGGAGCUUGUGGAUAACAAAUCGACAUUGUCAGCGAGGAUGUCGUUUAUGCACAAGAACCAAGCCGAUGUUUAUGUACCUCUGACUUAUCGCUCAGACUUCAAACCGGUUAUUUGGAACACUUUUUGGUUAGGUCCCGGAAAAGAGGAAGAGUUAAACUACCCAAUCACCGUUCAAUUUAUCGACGAAACGUUGAAAAUUAAAGACAACGACAGUACGUCAGAAUCGACACAACUCUCGACAAUCGCUGACCUUGGCGAAGUAACAUUGAAAGGAUUUCAAGAAACCGAGGUAUUUAUUGCCAGUAUUAAAGAUGAAGAGAAUCGCAUCAUAGUAAUGAAGAUACCAACCAAUUUGGAUAUUACCGUCAGGGGAGGGGUAGGGAUAACAGACGAUGACUACACAUAUGUAAACGUAUGUCAGGAAUACAAUAGAAGAGCUCACCUUGAACAACUUGACGAGAAACCUCUUGAUUCAAUUAGAAUCGGGAAUAUUGAUGCAGCACUGGAGAGAAUCUACGACGUAGCGCUCAGUGAUGAUGAAGAUCAUGAAUACAUCGAGCCUGCUCCUCGUAUUCCAACUCGCGUGGGGAGAGAACCAUUGCACAGCCCCACCCCACCAAGCACCGAUUAUGACGAGGAAGAUGAUGAUUAUGAGGAUUGUCCAAAUUAUGAAGAGUACAAUGAUGAUAAUGAAAAUAACAAUAUUCCACACGAUUCCCCUGACAAUCUUGAAACUGGAUGUUGUUGUUUUAGAACAUAUACUAAUCAGUCGUACGUCAUACCGCAGAACAAGCUACAAGAUACCACACCUGUACAUGAAGCAUGUACCACUCAGCCAAUGCGAUACAUUGAACAUCCAGAAUGUCCCGACGAGACGUUGGAAGAUAACAAGAAAGAUUUUCAAAUACCGAGAAACUUGGAACAUUUAUCAACAGACGAAGUCUUGGAGUGUUUAAAACAGCUAAACAUGGCAUGCCACAUCGAUACAUUUAAACACAAUCAGAUUAACGGGAAGCUUCUUGUAGGACUAAAUCAACAAAUGCUCAAAACUCUUGGUGUUGAAAGCCCUUUCGAACGACAUAAACUCAUUCAAUUCAUUAACGGAUGGAGACCAGAAUCUCACUGAUAAAUGAUAACAUUAGAACUGAUGGAGGAAUAAGAGCGAAUAAGAGUACUGCCCCGAGCACUGCAUAGCGAUUGAACUGUGACUUGUCAUGAUAUGAUUUACGCCAAUACAUGACAGCAGCUUCUAGGUAUAGAUUCAGGUUAUAGACUCGGUACACGACUAGGUAAACUGUAGAAUGCUAAAAAGAUCGUUGGCAAUCAAAGACUGUACUUGUAGAUAUCAUUAUUAUUAUUAAUAUUACUAUUAUAUGUUAAUAACUACUUCUUGUAAAAAUACAAGAGAAUCUGUGUUUGUAAAUAUAUAAUUUGAAUUUAUAAUUUCUAUUUUCAUUUCACUGCUUGUUAAAAAAGGAUUAUUAUCUAUUUUGAAGAAGCAGAUGUUGGACGGCAUGCAUGCAUACUGGACUAAUGCAAGCCAUUUGUGCAAGUUGACGAUUUCAGUUUCGCUUUUUAUUUGCUUUUAUUUUUUAUUUGUUUAUUGUCUAUGCAGAACGUCAAAAUAGAACAGAGGCUGGAAAAAAAUCGCAACAAUCAAACGAUAUAAAUUGAAAAGAGAACAGUCUGAA